AUGUUUUUAACACGUUGUUUAUAUAAAAUAACUGAACAAGAUCUGGGUCGCCAUUUAAAUUUACCAUUUAUAGAUAAACUUCGUGUUUAUGUCCGUGGCGGUCGAGGUGGAACUGGUUUAAAAAAAUAUGGUGGAAUUGGAGGACAAGGUGGAAAUGUUCUUGUACGUGGUAAACGUCAUUUAACAUUGAAAAAUGUUUAUGAAAAAAAUUUAACUAAACGUUAUCUUGCACCGGAUGGUAACAAUAGUCAAAAAAUGCGUUUAAAUGCAAUGUCCGGCGAAAAUUUAACAAUUCAUGUACCAUUAGGUAUACAAAUUUUACGUGAUAAUGGAGAAUUAAUUGAUGAAAUCAAUGAUAUUGAUGAUGAAUGUAUUGUAGCACAUGGUGGUGAAGGUGGAAAUUAUAAAACAUUUUUUCAGGGACAACCAGGUGAAACAGCUAUGGUGAAUUUUGAUUUAAAAUUAUUAGCAGACGUUGGUUUCGUUGGUUAUCCAAAUGCUGGUAAAUCCACACUUCUUUCAAUGCUUUCUCGUACACAACCAGCUAUUUCACCAGUUCCAUUCACUACCCUUCAUCCUCAAAUAGGUACUGUUGUAUUUGAUGAUGGUUGUUCAUUUAGUAUAGCUGAUUUACCUGGUCUUAUCGAAGGAUCACAUAUUAAAAUGGGACUUGGUUCUCGUUUUCUUAAACAUACAUUACGUUCAAAAAUUCUUCUAUUUGUAAUUGAUAUUAAUGGAUUUCAAUUAGAAAUUCGUUCACCAUUACGAUCUGCAUUUGAUUCAAUUGUAUUUUUAACUAAAGAACUUGAAUUAUACGAACCAUCAUUACUUCAUAAACCUGCUAUACUUGCAAUCAAUAAAAUUGAUCAAUUAGAAGAUAAAACAAAAUUAAAUGAAUUCUAUUAUUCAUUAAAUAAUUAUAAAGAAAUUCUAAAAAAUGAUUAUGAAGAAAAAUGGUGUCCAAAGAAUUUUUUUCAUUUUGAACAUAUUGUUGAAAUAGCUGGUAAAUAUGGUACCAAUUGUGAUCAUUUAUGUUCUUUAUUAAGACGUUCACUUGAUGAACAUUCAGAUAGGAACAAUACAAAAAUUAAAUUUUCAUCAUCAUUCUAG